AUGCCCCCCGGGGUGAUGUCCCCCCGGGGUGAUGUCCCCCCCGGGGUGAUGUCCCCCGGGGUGAUGCCCCCCAGGGUGAUGUCCCCCCAGGGUGAUGCUCCCCGGAAGGUGCCCCGGGUCGCCCUCGGCGGGGCGGUUCUGGACGGGCGCUCUGGGGACACGUCCCCGGUGACGGGAGGCAGCUGCGCCUUGGCAAUGCAGACGGAGAGAUGGUCAUGGAAAAGUGAUGAUCGAAUCCUGAAGGCACUGCCUGGAAAGGAUUAUGAAAGAGCUCAGGCACCUGCAGGGCGCAAGGGCCCUAGAGGCGACAAAGGGCCUCAGGGAGAAAGGGGUCCCCCAGGUCCACCAGGCAGAGAUGGUGAAGAUGGUCUACCAGGUCCUCCAGGGCCCCCUGGUCCUCCAGGUCUUGGCGGAAACUUCGCUGCUCAAUAUGAUCCAUCUAAAGCAGCAGAUUUUGGCCCAGGACCUAUGGGUUUAAUGGGACCCAGAGGCCCACCUGGAGCAUCUGGACCUCCUGGUCCUCCUGGUUUCCAAGGUCUUCCUGGUGAGCCUGGUGAACCUGGUCAAACAGGUCCCCAGGGUCCUCGUGGUCCCCCUGGUCCUCCAGGAAAGGCUGGUGAAGACGGUCACCCUGGCAAACCUGGAAGACCUGGUGAGAGGGGCGUUGCUGGCCCUCAGGGUGCUCGUGGUUUCCCUGGAACUCCUGGUCUGCCUGGCUUUAAGGGAAUUAGGGGACACAAUGGUCUGGACGGUCAAAAGGGACAACCUGGUACUCCUGGUAACAAGGGAGAGCCUGGUGCCCCUGGUGAAAACGGUACCCCAGGACAGCCUGGUGCUCGUGGUCUCCCUGGUGAGAGAGGAAGAGUAGGUGCCCCUGGACCAGCUGGUGCUCGUGGAAGUGAUGGCAGUGCUGGCCCCACUGGACCUGCUGGCCCUAUUGGUGCUGCUGGUCCUCCAGGCUUCCCAGGUGCUCCUGGUGCUAAGGGUGAAAUUGGACCUGCCGGUAAUGUUGGUCCUAGUGGUCCUGCUGGCCCAAGAGGAGAGAUUGGACUUCCUGGUUCUAGUGGUCCUGUUGGCCCUCCAGGCAACCCCGGCGCUAAUGGUCUUCCAGGGGCUAAGGGUGCAGCUGGUCUUCCUGGUGUUGCUGGUGCUCCUGGUCUGCCUGGUCCCCGUGGUAUUCUUGGUCCUCCUGGCCCUGCUGGUCCUAGUGGUGCUAGAGGACUUGUUGGUGAACCAGGCCCCGCUGGUGCCAAGGGAGAAAGUGGUAUGAAGGGUGAGCCUGGUGCUGCUGGACCUGCUGGCCCUCCUGGCCCUAGUGGUGAGGAAGGCAAGAGAGGCAGCCCUGGUGAACCUGGCUCUGCUGGUCCCCCAGGCCCUGCUGGUCUGAGAGGUGUACCUGGAUCUCGUGGGCUCCCUGGAGCUGAUGGCAGAGCUGGUGUCAUGGGACCUGCUGGUAACCGUGGUGCUAGUGGUCCUGUUGGUGCUAAGGGUCCUAAUGGUGAUGCUGGCCGUCCUGGUGAGCCUGGUCUUAUGGGUCCAAGAGGUCUCCCAGGUCAGCCUGGAAGCCCAGGCCCUGCUGGCAAGGAAGGUCCUGUUGGUUUCCCUGGAGCAGAUGGUAGAGUUGGGCCAAUUGGUCCAGCUGGUAAUAGAGGUGAGCCUGGCAACAUUGGAUUCCCUGGACCAAAAGGCCCCACUGGUGAACCUGGCAAACCUGGUGAAAAAGGCAAUGUUGGUCUUGCUGGCCCACGGGGUGCUCCUGGUCCAGAGGGAAACAAUGGUGCUCAAGGUCCUCCUGGUGUCACUGGCAACCAAGGUGGAAAAGGUGAAACAGGUCCUGCUGGCCCUCCUGGCUUCCAGGGUCUGCCAGGUCCCUCGGGUCCUGCUGGAGAGGCUGGUAAACCAGGCGAGAGGGGUCUUCAUGGUGAAUUUGGUGUCCCUGGUCCUGCUGGCCCAAGAGGUGAACGUGGUCCUCCUGGCGAGAGCGGUGCUGUCGGUCCUGCUGGUCCCAUUGGAAGCCGUGGUCCCUCUGGCCCACCAGGCCCUGAUGGUAACAAGGGUGAGCCUGGCAAUGUUGGUGCUGCUGGUGCUCCUGGUCCUGCUGGCCCUGGUGGAAUCCCAGGAGAGAGGGGUGUUGCUGGUGUUCCAGGAGGCAAGGGUGAAAAGGGUGCCCCAGGUCUGAGAGGUGAUACAGGUGCAACAGGAAGAGAUGGUGCUCGUGGAGAAGGAGGUCCUGCUGGUCCUGCUGGUCCUGCUGGUGCCCGUGGUAUCCCUGGUGAACGUGGUGAGCCUGGUCCUGUAGGUCCCAGUGGAUUUGCUGGACCCCCUGGUGCAGCUGGUCAGCCUGGCGCUAAAGGCGAGCGUGGGCCCAAAGGACCUAAGGGAGAAACUGGACCAACAGGUGCCAUUGGCCCAAUUGGUGCUUCUGGGCCUCCAGGCCCCGCUGGUGCUGCUGGACCUGCUGGCCCCCGUGGUGAUGCUGGUCCUCCUGGCAUGACUGGUUUCCCUGGUGCUGCUGGAAGAGUUGGUCCUCCUGGCCCUGCUGGCAUCACUGGUCCCCCUGGUCCUCCUGGCCCAGCUGGCAAAGAUGGUCCUCGAGGUCUACGUGGUGAUGUUGGACCAGUUGGCCGCACUGGUGAACAAGGUAUUGCUGGCCCACCUGGUUUUGCUGGUGAGAAAGGUCCAUCUGGAGAGGCUGGUGCUGCUGGUCCUCCUGGUGCCCCAGGUCCUCAGGGUAUUCUUGGUGCUCCUGGUAUCCUUGGUCUGCCUGGCUCUCGGGGAGAACGUGGUCUUCCAGGCAUCUCUGGAGCAACAGGUGAACCUGGUCCCCUGGGUGUUUCUGGUCCUCCUGGUGCCCGUGGUCCCUCUGGUCCUGUGGGUUCUCCUGGUCCAAAUGGUGCUCCUGGUGAAGCUGGACGUGAUGGCAAUCCUGGAAAUGAUGGUCCUCCAGGCCGUGAUGGUGCUCCUGGUUUCAAGGGUGAGCGUGGUGCUCCUGGUAAUCCUGGUCCCAGUGGUGCUCUGGGUGCUCCUGGUCCUCAUGGCCAAGUUGGUCCUUCUGGAAAGCCUGGAAACCGUGGUGAACCCGGCCCUGCUGGUGUUGUUGGUCCUGCUGGUGCUUUUGGUCCAAGAGGUCUUGCUGGCCCACAAGGUCCACGUGGUGAGAAAGGUCUACCUGGUGAUAAGGGUCCUAGAGGUCUGCCUGGCUUGAAGGGACACAAUGGAUUGCAGGGUCUUCCUGGUCUUGCUGUAAGUAAAUUAUUUUCAGGCAUUAUUCCUUAUUUUGGCCAGAAAUUGUACAACUUUUAUCUCAGAAAGAACAAAGGUCCACCUGGUCCUUCUGGUCCUCCUGGUAAAGAUGGUCGCAAUGGUCUCCCUGGACCUAUUGGCCCUGCUGGUGUGCGUGGCUCUCAUGGUAGCCAAGGUCCUGCUGGUCCUCCUGGUCCUCCUGGUCCCCCCGGCCCCCCUGGCCCCAAUGGUGGUGGAUAUGAAGUUGGCUUUGAUGCAGAAUACUACCGGGCUGAUCAGCCUUCUCUCAGACCCAAGGAUUAUGAAGUUGAUGCCACUCUGAAAACACUUAACAACCAAAUUGAGACCCUGCUGACCCCAGAAGGCUCCAGAAAGAACCCAGCUCGCACCUGUCGUGACCUCAGACUUAGCCACCCAGAAUGGAGCAGCGGCUUCUACUGGAUUGAUCCCAACCAAGGCUGCACUGCAGAUGCCAUUAGAGCAUACUGUGAUUUUUCCAAUGGUGAGACUUGCAUCUAUGCCAACCCUGACAAUAUUCCUGCUAAGAACUGGUAUAUCAACAAGAAUCCCAAGGACAAGAAGCAGCACAUUUGGUUUGGUGAAACACUCAAUGGUGGUAGCCAGUUUGAAUACAACAGUGAAGGAGUGACCUCAAAGGAUAUGGCCACCCAACUCGCCUUCAUGCGUCUGCUGGCCAACCAUGCCUCCCAGAACAUCACCUACCACUGCAAGAACAGCAUUGCCUACAUGGAUGCAGAAACUGGCAACCUUAAAAAGGCUGUUGUGCUGCAGGGAUCCAACGAUGUUGAACUACGAGCUGAAGGCAACAGCAGAUUCACCUUCAGUGUUCUCGAGGAUGGCUGCUCUAGAAAGAACAACGAAUGGGGCAAAACAAUCAUUGAAUACAGAACAAAUAAGCCAUCCCGCUUGCCCAUUCUUGACAUUGCACCUUUGGAUAUUGGCGGCGCUGACCAAGAAUUCGGUUUGGACAUUGGCCCAGUCUGUUUUAAAUGAAUGAACUAAAAUUAACUUAAAGCCUCUCCCAAAUUAUUCUCUUGUCAUUUCUUUUUAUAAUGAAAGCUGACUCCUUCCAUUUCUUCUGUUCAUCUACUUGCUUAAACUCUGGGCGAAAGAGAAGGAGAAGAAUUGAUUGGAGCAUUGUGCAAUGAAAUUUAAUACAGCCCCAAAUGGACUUGGAAGUCUUUCAAGAUUUAACACCUUGUUUUGGGAAAUGUCAACCUUUGUAAAGAAAAAAAAAGCAAAAUAAAAAGUCAUGAAAGUUUGCACCACUUGUGGCCUUUGAAUAUCUUCCACAGAGGAAGUUUAAAUCCAUGACUUCCAAAGGUUUAAACUACCUCAUACACUAAAUCAAGAGUGAUCCACAUCUUUUGUAGGAACUUCUCCCUGUGAUCUGAGGUACUUCAGUUCCACUCAAAGUACAGUGGUGCUAAUUACAUAAUUACAAAGUAUCUUUCCAAUACUUGAACUUUGAUGGUGCUAGUAGCAUUUAAAGUAUUGCUUCUCUGUUUCUUUGAAGUCUGUCUUAAAAUUUAGGAUGUCCUGUCUCACCCACAGCUUAAGCAUGUGGAUAAUUUUUCUUCUUCUUCUAUGUCUUCCUCCAAAAUCAGGUGUUCCUGCUUUCAAAUUUCAUUUCCAUCUUCUACUAUGGGUAAAAAAAAAUCAUCAUUUCUCAAAAAAAGAAAGAAAAUGUAUUUUGUAUAUGUGAGAUGUUUAAAUAAAUUGUGAAAAAAAAAUGAAAUAAAGCA